GAGAAACUCCUGUCAAGCGGGGGACAAGCGGUCGGAACCGUUUUUAUUCUCCUGGAAAUUCCCAUCAAAUUUUUCGAAAAUGAUCAAAGAAUCAUUUGCCUAUAAGCAAUGCCAGUGCGCCUCUCAAGCGCACGAAGUCUGAAUAACAAGUGGAUCGACUUCCCGCCGCUCCAUCCCGCCCAGCCUCCUCGGCAUGUCCUGCGGCCGGCCCGCAGGGCUCCGAACUCCCCACCGCACUCCCCACCGAACUCGCCACCGAACUCGCCAACGAACUCGCCACCGAACUUGCCACCAAACUCGCCACCGAAGUCGCCGCCGCUCCGCAGUCACCGUGCGCUCAAGCUACCGCUCCCGUUUCGGCUGCUCCGGGUCGUGCUCCUCAUCCUGCUGCUGCUCCUCCUCGGAGCCUCUCCGACCGCAUGCAGGUACCAGAACUGCUCCUUCCUCGAGGGCUACAUCCUGCAGUACGUCUGUAACAGCGAGUACGUUGAGAAUAUCCGGCUGCAGCACAAGGACCGCAUCCCGGCCAUCGGCACGCCGUACGCCAUCUGGCGGCGCUCCGACAGCAACGACCCCAACUACCUGCUCAUCUCGUUCUACGACUCGCCGCUCUUCAGCUGCUACACUGUGGUCAUGAGCGACGGCCAGUUCUACUGCGACGGGCACAACUUCGUGGAGCCGAACACGGAGGCCGCCCAGCUGCACUGCAUCAACUUUCCGUUCCAGUACGCCACAGACCUAUACGAUGCGUGUGCCAGGACCCCCUGCCCGGCGAACUCGCCGCCCCUCUCGACGGUGAUCGCCUACAUGAAGGAGAACAUCCAACGGACGAACGAGGCGGCCCCGCGGUUGCAGCGCCCAGCGGCUGUUCCCUUCAUCCUGCCCCUGCUCCCCUUUCUCCUAUCGCGAUAUUUUGGUAUUUUACUAUGUCAAUAAAAUGGUUCCGAGUA